AUGUUUGUGAAGGUCGAGCUGGUGCUGCUGCUUGUGUGCCCGUUUCUGUUUCUGCCCGUGAUGUCUGCGGCUUUAGAAGAUGCCGGUUUUUCCUAUAAUGGCUUCCGAGGUGCUAAUAUUAGCCUGGAUGGGAUUGCACAAAUCACACCCAAUGGCCUCUUGGAGUUAACCAACCAAUCUAGACGACAGAUGGGUCAUGCCUUGUAUCCCUUCCCGUUCAACUUCAAGAACCUGUCGAAUGGUAAUGUUUUAACUUUCUCUACCACUUUUGUAUUUGGUAUCCUCUCUAGGUACCAAAAUUUAAGUAGUCAUGGGAUCGCUUUCCUGAUCACACCUUCAAGGGGGUUACCGGGAGCUCGACCGAGCCAAUACCUAGGCCUCUUCAAUGAAUCCAACAACGGUAAUCCGUCCAACCAUGUUGUUGCAGUUGAGAUGGAUACCGUCCUGAACAAAGAGUUCUCUGAUAUCAAUGACAACCAUGUUGGUAUCGAUAUCAACGGCUUAAUUUCUGUUCAUUCCGCUACGGCAUCGUAUGCCAUCGAUCGAAGUGGUGACCGUAAGAACCUAAGCCUCACAAGUGGUAAACCAAUGCAAGUGUGGGUUGAAUACAAUGGCCUAGACAUGCAAAUGAAUGUAACUUUGGCUCCCAUUGGCGUCCCAAAACCUGAUAUUCCCCUUCUUUCAUAUCCCCUCGAUCUUUCUCUCAUCAUAAAAGAUCACAUGUACGUCGGCUUCUCCUCAUCAACGGGCACCGAUCCUACGUCUCAUUACGUGCUUGGAUGGAGCUUUAAGAUGAAUGGACCAGCUAAAGAUCUCACCAUCUCUCAACUUCCUAAGCUACCUCGACUAGGACCAAGAAAGAAAUCCAAAUUUGUGACGGUGGGAUUGCCCCUUAUUGGCCUAGUUUUAGCGUCCACAGUACUCACCAUUAUCCUCUUCAUCGUGACAAGGAAGAGAAAGUUCGCUGAAGUUGUUGAAGAUUGGGAGCUAGAAUAUGGACCUCACAGGUUCAAAUACAAAGAUCUUUACGUCGCCACCAAGGGAUUUAGGGACAAGGGGCUUCUGGGUAUCGGCGGUUUCGGUAGGGUCUACAGAGGUGUGUUACCCACCUCCAAAAUCCAAGUUGCAGUGAAGAGAGUUUCUCAUGACUCUAGGCAAGGAAUGAGAGAAUUCGUUGCCGAGAUUGUUAGCAUUGGUCGGUUGCGUCACCGCAACUUAGUACAACUGUUGGGCUAUUGUCGGCGUAAAGGAGAGCUCUUACUGGUGUACGAUUACAUGUCAAAUGGAAGUCUAAACAAGUUGCUCUUCAACCAACCAGGUCCAGAAACCACACUGAAUUGGGGUCAAAGAUUUCGAAUCAUCAAAGGAGUAGCGUCUGUGCUAUUUUAUCUGCACCAAGGAUGGGAGCAAGUGGUUAUCCAUAGAGAUGUUAAGUCGAGCAAUGUCUUGUUAGAUAGUGAAUUUAAUGGAAGGUUAGGAGAUUUUGGACUCGCAAGGCUAUACGAUCAUGGAACUGAUCCCAAAACUACCCAUGUAGUAGGGACGCUUGGUUACGUUGCACCUGAGCUGACUAGGACCAGCAAGGCAUCACCAAGCACAGAUGUGUUCAGUUUCGGGGCUUUUCUGCUUGAAGUGGCUUGUGGGAGAAGACCUAUAGAUCCACGAGCAUCAGCAGAGAAUGUAAUUUUGGUGGAUUGGGUGUCUUCAUGUUGGAGCAGAGGGACAAUUCUUGAGACAGUAGAUCCUAAUCUGGGUAAUGAUUAUGUAGUCGGUGAAGUAGAUCUGGUGUUAAAGCUUGGGCUGCUUUGUUCUCAGUCCAUUCCGACUGCCAGGCCUACCAUGCAUCAAGUGGUGCGGUUUUUGGCCGGGGAUGCCCCUCUACCAGAUUCAUCUUUGCAUAGUCUAAGUGCAAGUGGUCUAGAAUUUGCGCAUGGUGAAGGCUUCAGCGACUUUGUCACGUCGCAUCCUUCACUUCAAAAUACAUCCAUGACACAAAUGUCGUUAGUUGCACACUCCCUCCUCUCAAACGGCCGUUAAAUUUAUAAAUCUGAUGAUGAUACAUGGUUAUGUAAAUAUUAAGGAGUUAAAAUUAAUAAGCUGCUAGACACAGGUAUAGAUCCUGUGACUGUAUGGAUCCUAUUGCUUAUAGGGAAUACCCAUAUAUAGUAUAGGGAUUGGCUGGUUAGUGUAAGAGGUAUAGGAAAUCUAAAUUAUAUUCAAUUUUCUCAAGUCGACUUGAG